CACACAAUUCAGGCGUCACCGAAGAAAUAAAUGUCAUGCGUUCCAUAGGUUUGACGUGCGACGAUACCACAUUUUUCUUUUAAAUUUAAGUACAACAAGUUUAGGGUGCGUUACAGUAAACAUCACAAACUGUAAGGUGCACAUCUGGCUAUCUUUCAUCUGAUAUUCCCUAUAUAUAUUCUGUAAAAAAGGAAAAACAAAAUUUGUAUCGAAAUUUUCUGAAGAAAAUCUUAGCAAUUGAAGCAAACAAAGAUGCCUUUGAAAAUGGUGGACGCAACCUUAUCGACCUUCAACACCGUUUUCGAGAAAUUCAAAUCCGAAGCACCAAACAACAAAAGCAAUCUCAUCUUGUUCUUGGCUGAUAUCGAACCUUCCACUAAUCUCAGUUGGUGCCCUGAUUGUGUGCGAGCUGAACCAGUUAUAUACAAAAAACUGGAAUCAUCAAGUGAUGACGUGGCGCUCCUUAGGGCUUAUGUGGGAGACAGACCCACGUGGAGGAACCCACAGCACCCAUGGAGGGUGGACUCCAAGUUCAAGCUAAAAGGAGUCCCGACUCUAAUCCUUUGGGAAAAUGGUGAGGUUAAAGGUCGCCUUGAAGACCAUGAAGCCCAUAUUGAACGCAAGAUUGAUGCCCUAAUUGCUACCAAAUAACCAUAUGAUAUCUUCUAAGUGUUUCCAAUAAGGUUUUAAUUACUUGACUAAUUAUAUGUUUAGACUCUUCGAUGAAGGUAAUAAUAAUGUAUUGAGGUUAUGAUAUCCAAUUAAUGUGCUAAAUCGAGGGUUUGAAAGUUUUAUCCACAAUAGCAUUGUGCUUUUUAAGCAUCGAGGUUUAAUAAGAAAUGAAAGUAAGAUGCUAUAUCAAACAAUAAAAUGAAAG